AUGGCCGACAUCACCGCGGUCCUCUCGGCCACCACCAGCCCCGACGCCGCGACGCGCGAGGCUGCGGAGGCGCAGCUGAAGCAAGCGCAGGAGCAGAACCUCGGCGCCUUCCUGCAGUCCCUCGCUAACGAGGUCGCCACCGAGGCCAAGCCCCUCGACUCCCGACGCUUGGCGGGUCUCAUCCUCAAGAACGCGCUCGACGCCAGGGACGAGACCGUCAAGGCCGACAAGCAGGAGAAAUGGGUCACCAUGGACGCCAACAUCCGCAACACCGUCAAGGGGUGCGUCUGGAACCAGCUCGGCUCCCCCGUGCAGGAGAUCCGCCACACCUGCGCGCAGGUGAUCGCCAAGAUCGCCGGAGCGGAGAUGCCCAAGGCUCUCUGGCCGUCGCUCGUCACCGACCUCCAGAACAACAUGGCCACCGGCGAUCCCGGCAAGCGCCAGUCCACCCUCGAGGCACUCGGAUACAUCUGCGAGGAAAUCGAGCACGAGCACCUGCAGGAGGCGGACGUCAACGCCAUGCUCACCGCCAUCGUGCAGGGCAUGAGGAAGGAGGAGGAGAGCAACGAGAUCCGAUUAGCCGCGACCAACGCCUUGGUCAACGCCAUGUACUUCGCGGAGGGUAACUUCGAACGCGAGCAGGAGAGGAACUACAUCAUGCAGGUGACGUGCGAGGCGACCGUCUGCGCGGACGUUCGCGUCAGGCAGGCUGCGUUUGAGGUGCUGGUAGGAGCCGCGGAGAACUACUACGAGAAGCUUCAGCCGUACAUGACCGCCAUCUUCGACCUGACCGUCAAGGCGACGAAGGGCGACGAGGAGUCCGUGGCGCUGCAGGCGAUCGAGUUCUGGUCCGCCAUCGCCGACGAGGAGGUCUGCCGCCAGGAUGACAUCGCCGACGCGGGCGAGGGUAACCACCAGAUCGUCUACCACCGAUUCGUCGAGCAGGCGCUUCCCCACCUCGUGCCCAUGCUCCUCGAGACCCUCACCAAGCAGGACGAGGACGAGCUCGACGAAGGCGACGACGUGUGGAACCUCGCCAUGGCCGGCGGCACGUGCCUCGGCCUCGUCGCCACGUGCGUGCAGGACGCCGUCGUCGACCACGUCAUGCCCUUCAUCACCGGCAACAUCGGCUCGCAGGAGUGGCGACUCCGCGAGGCUGCCACCUUUGCGUUUGGAUCUAUCCUCGAGGGACCCGACCCGGACAAGCUCGCGCCCGUCGCCGCGCAGGCGCUCCCUUUCCUCCUCAACGCCCUCAACGACCCUAAGACCCACGUGCGCGAUACCACGGCGUGGACCAUCGGACGCGUGUUUGAGUUUGUCGGGGAGGCUCAGUCGCCGGUGGUCAACCCGGGCAACCUCGACAACAUCCUCAAGAUUCUCGUCGAGAAGCUGCAGGAUAAGCCCCUGGUCGCGGGUAAGGUGUGCUACGCGCUCCUGCGCCUCGCGACGUCGUGCGCGAACGACGACGAUGAACAGAACCCCAUGCGCGUGGCGCUCGCGCCUUACUUUCAGGGCAUCGUGCAGAGCCUGCUGCAGACGUCGGAGCGUCCGGAUGCGGAGCAGUCCCUCCGCAUGGAGUGCUACGAGUCCCUCAACGAGAUCAUCCGAGCGUCCACCCAGCAGAAUGCGCCCAUCACCCAGCAGCUCGUGCCCAUGGUGCUUCAGAAGCUCGAGACGACCCUCGCCGCGCUCUCGCAGCCGGGCCUCGGGCCCGAGGCUCAGGAAAAGAUCGGCGAAGUCCAGGGCCUGCUCUGCGGAACCCUCCAAACGAUCGUCCAGAAGCUCUCCGGAGAGGAUGCCACCAAGAUGAUGAUCAUCCAGUUCGGAGACCAGAUCAUGCAGAUGCUCCUCAGGGUGCUCGGGGCGAGGUCAGCCACCGUGCACGAGGAGGCAAUGCUCUGCGUCGGCGCCCUCGCUUACGCCACCGGUGAUCAGUUUGAAAAGUACAUGCAGGCGCUUUACCCGUUCAUCGAGGUGGGCCUCAAGAAUCACGAGGAGUACGAGGUGUGCAACGUCACCGUGGGCGUGGUGGGCGACCUGUGCCGCGCGCUGGAUGCAAAGAUCCUGCCCUUUUGCGACGGCAUCGUGUACCAGCUGCUGCAGGAUCUGCAGUCCACCGCGCUGCACCGCUCGGUGAAGCCCCCGAUUCUGUCCUGCUUUGGCGACAUCGCGCUCGCCAUCGGACCCGCGUUCGAGAAGUACGUCGGGUACGUGGUGCCCAUGCUCCAGAGCGCCCAGCAGCUCUCGCUGCAGACGCCCAAGGAUGACGAGGAGAUGAUUGAGUACAACAACAUGCUCCGCAACGGAAUCUUCGAGGCUUACGCCGGCCUCCUCCAGGGGUUCAAGGAUGACAAGAGUAAGGUCGAGCAGCUCAAGUCUCACGCAGUGUAUGUCCUGCAGUUCAUCGCGGAGGUUGCCAAGGACGGGGACAGGGACGAGGCGGUGACUCGCGCCAUGGUGGGCGUCAUGGGCGACAUGGCGGACACGAUGGACGGGGUCGGCGAGCUGUUCAAGCAGAACAUGUUCUGGGUGGAGCUCAUCCGCGAGUGUGAGGACCAGUACCAGGACCAGCAGCUGAGGGACACGGCGCAGUGGGCCAAGGGGAAGAUCACGAUGCGCGUCGGGAUGUGA